GUGAUUUUUGUUCCUUGGGGUGCAGCUGCACCCCGCUCGGUAUGUAACUAUAGGUAAAUAUUUUGCAUACGCUGAAUACUAACUGGGGUAUAAAUAAACCCCAAAUUUUUCAAACGACGGAGAUUCCCCGUAUCGUGACGGCAACACUGUCGGGGAAUCCCAAUAGCGGCUAUGUAUAACGUGUCCACGCAAUUAUCGCAUUAUAAUCUUAGGUUUCGUGUGUGUCGUUACGUUUGUAGUGAUUGUCGCCUACGCGCUUAUAAAAAUGAGUGAACCACCGAAAUUUCGAAAUGAAAAUAAGCUAACAGACGAAGAACUAUUGGCGAUAUUAGAAACGGAUAUUUACGACCAUUAUUUUAAUGAUUCGAUACUAGAAAAUGGUUCAAGUGAUAUCGAAGAGACUGAUACAGUGACUGAAACUAAUGAGAUAGAUGAUGUUUUGCAAGUUAGUGAUAGUGAGAAAGAUUUGGCAGAUUCUUCAGCUGUAGUUGGCCAAUCAAUAACUUAUACAGAAAAUCCAACUUAUACUUCUAAAGAUGGUAGUGUGUGGGCAAAAGUUCCACUUACUGCGAGGACAAAGAGAAGAAAAUGUAAUAUACAAACUGGUCCAACAGGCAAAGAAGGAAACAAACCAGAGAAAGGUCAAGGUCAAAGGGUAGUGUUAGACCUGGUAAACCAUUUAUCUACAGGAUAUGGGAUAACUACUGAUAACUUUUUUACCAGUAUUGAGUUGGCCAAUAAGCUCUUAGAUAAAAACAUUACCUUGUGUGGAACACUGCGUAAAAAUAAACCUUAUAUUCCAAAAGAACUACUUCCAGCAAAAUACAAGAAAGAUUUUUCAAGCAUGUUUGCUUUUAUGGAAAAUAAAGCAUUAGUUUCUUACGUACCAAAGAAAAAUGCGGCAGUUAUCCUUUUAUCAACAGAACAUAACGAUGACAGAAUAAGUGGAGAGGAAUGUGACUAUAAACCGGACAUCAUUUUACACAACAAAACUAAGGGUGCAGUAGAUACAACAGAUAAAUUGGCAAAAGAAUUUACCACUCAAAGAAAAAGUAAUCGAUGGCCGAUGGUAAUAUUUUUUCAUCUGCUGGAUAUUGGUGGCAUCAACGCCUAUAAACUAUGGAUGUUGAAAAAUUCAGAUUGGAAAAAAAAUCGUUUAGAUAGGAGAAGAAUGUUUCUGUUGGAGUUGGGCCAAGAAUUAAUUAAGAAGAAUAUAAUUCGUAGAUACCAUAAUGACAAGUCGUUACAUUCCAAUAUAAAACAAUCCAUAUUAACAAUUUUGCCAGAAUUAAAUAUUGUAAGGAAUGAACCACCUGCUCCCGCUAUUCGGAGACAGCAGCGAUGUUUUUUAUGCGACAGAAGUAAAGACAGGAAAUCUCGAAAGUUUUGUAUUCGGUGUAAUCAGUACGUAUGUGCAGAACAUUCUAAAAAUAUAACCGUUUGUAAUAAGUGUGAUAAUUAA